UAUUGCCAAACCUUGUAAAAGGCAAAGGGCAACCUGAGAAAAUGAACCAAAACCUUCCCGAUCUUCCUAGCGGACCCCUGGAUGUGUAUAGGAAAAAGGCAUCUUUCAAUUGGAAGGAAAUGGCCACCUUUUUGGAGGGAGAAGAAAUCAUAGCAUUCAAAAAGCACGUGUUCUCCGUCCUGGAGAACGACCCCAUCUUCGCCCGACAACCGGGUGAGGACCUCUCCUUGGAGAAAAUGCGGGAGAUGACUUUCCGGCGCUGCAAGCAGCUUUUCAGAUACGACCUUAUCACCCGCGAAGAGGCCAUGCAGAACCCAUGGAAGACCACCGCGCUCAACGACUGUCUGGGCAUGUACGACUGGUCUUUGGCGGCCAAGUAUUCCCUCAAUAAAUGGAUGUUUGGUGGUACAGUACUCAAUUCAGGCUCCAGUAGACAUGAAAAAUUUGUCCAGGAUAUUGAGAAUAUGAUAACCUUUGGAUGUUUUGCCUUGACUGAGCUGAGUCAUGGCAGCAAUACAAGAGCAAUGAGGACCACAGCCACGUAUGAGCCUGAAACUCAGGAGUUUGUGAUCAACUCCCCAGACUUUGAGGCGGCUAAGUUCUGGGUGGGGAACCUGGGGAAGACGGCCACCCACGCUGUGGUGUUCGCUCAGCUGUUCACGCCCGACGGCCGCUGUCACGGCCUGCAUUCGUUUGUCAUACAGGUGAGAGAUCCCAAGACGCUCCUGGCCACGCCUGGCGUGAUGGUCGGAGACAUAGGCAAAAAGCUCGGGCAGAACGGACUGGACAACGGGUUUGUGCUUUUUCACAAUGUCCGAAUUCCUCGGGAGAAUCUGCUGAACAAGACGGGGGACGUCACCCCCGACGGCCGAUACGUCACGCCGUUCAAGGAUCCCAGUAAGCGGUUCGGGGCAUCUUUGGGGGCGCUGUCGGGGGGCCGGGCGUCCAUAACACGUAUGGCGGUGAUCAACCUGAAGCUGGCUCUGACCGUGGCGCUGCGCUUCUCUGCCACCCGCCGCCAGUUUGGCCCCACAGACGACCAGGAGAUACCAGUGCUGGAGUACCAGCUGCAGCAAUGGCGUCUCAUUCCAUACCUGGCUGCUGUGUAUGCACUGGACCAUUUCUCCAAGUCCCUCUUCAAGAACUUUGUUGAGUUCCAGAUUGGUCUCAUGAUGAAAGAUAACAGUGAAAGACAGGCAGAGCUGGGCCGGGAGAUUCACGCCAUCUCAUGCUCCAGCAAGCCCCUGGCGUCCUGGACGGCCCAGCGAGGCAUUCAGGAGUGCCGAGAGGCCUGCGGCGGCCACGGCUACCUGGCCAUAAGCCGUCUCGGGGACAUCAGGAGUGACAGUGACCCAAACCUCACCUACGAGGGAGACAACAAUGUCCUCCUGCAGCAGACCAGUAACUACCUGCUCAGCUGGGUCAGCAUCAAACAUCAGGAAAAACGGAGGAUAGAAUCCCCUGUACAGUCUGUGGACUUCCUGGAGGGCUUCAACAGCAUCUUACAGGACAGGUUCACUGCCGCCUCGGAGGAGGACUGCAUGGAUUCGGCAGUACCGCUGGCGGCCUACAAGUGGCUGGUGUGCUUCCUGCUCAAGGAGAGUCAUACCAAGCUGGCCCAGGAGAAGUCUUUGGGACUCGGGGACUUUGAGGCGAGGAACAACAGCCAGGUGUACUUCUGCCGCUCGUUAGCCCUGGCCUAUGUCGAGCACACGGUCCUGCAGCGGUUCCAUGACUUCACCCGCGAUGCAGAGACUCCGCUCAGCCUCCGGCCUGUGCUGCAGCGCCUGGCCGCGCUCUAUGGCCUGUGGAGCCUCGUCAACCACAUGGGCACUCUGUACCAAGGUAGUGUCCGGCUAUCCCCACACUCUGUACCAAGGUACAGUCCGGCUAUCCCCACACUCUGUACCGAGGUACAGUCCGGCUAUCCCCACACUCUGUACCGAGGUACAGUCCGGCUAUCCCUACACUCUGUACCGAGGUACAGUCCGACUGUCCCUACACUGUGUACCGAGGCACUGUCAGACUGUCCCUACACUGUGUACCGAGGCAGCAGUGUCCAACAUCCCGAAUACACCAUCCUCAAGGUGAAGUAUGAAGUGGUAGCAUCAUGUUGUGGGGGUGCUUUCCAGUGGCAGGUCCUGAGGAACAUCCAGGAUUGA